CAGAGCCAGUACGACAUGCAUCUGUGUACAGCGAUAGAGCUCAACUUCUGUUAUCAAUCAGUAGCGUCCGGCACUAUUCAAACAUAGACUUAAACUCUCAAAAAUUUCAAUACUCCCAAUAAUUCUCCGAAAUCGUCGUAGAAACCCUCACCGUCAUGAGUACUGUGGUGCUCAUGAGUACUAAAAACAAGUGAAAGCAAAUGAAUUCUACAGGCAACAGUAGCCCCAUUAAACAAAAUGAAGUCGAUGAAUCGUUCAGUUAUCACGAAAUAACCAGAUGGUGAGCGUGUAAUGGCCCUCGAAGGCGUCUAUCGGAUGUAAUAAAUUAUCUCCAAAAAUUCUCUCAGUUAUCGUGAGUGUAUGGAAGAACUAGUUCUCCCAGGGGAAGUCAAUCUUCCUCAAUAAUCCCAACAAGUGUGCCGGUUUAUAAUUCCUCCAGAACACCGCUAACAAUCCCCCAAACGAAUUCGCUAAAUACCCAACAGUGUGUGAUAUUUCCGAGUAAAAUCCACAACCCAAUUCUCAACCCAACGAUUGCCCCCCAAAAUCCACCAAAAUUCCCGAAUGCCAUCAAUACAAUCGCCCAUCAUCAAUUUAUUGAGAAAAAUAACGACAAAGAUAAACCUACAAGUGCUUUCUGGUCCCCAAUAGUAUACCCUAUUCCCCUCAAAUAUUCCUGACGACAAUUCACUCGUGUGUGUUUACAUAGUCCGCCGAUAGACACUCUAAGGACCACAACACGAAUGACCUUGAAAUGCCCAGGUCUCACGUGACCGGCAGUCGAGUGGGAAGAGGCGUUCGUAACUGCGCCGUCCGCGCAGUGCCCAACCGAAUUGUUCACGUAUAAAUCCGCAUACACACACACGCACACGCACACCGACAACAACUUUUUUAAUCCUCGAUUUUAUUCCCCUUCUCCCACUCUCCGUCAUCCGGUAUUUUCUCGAGUACUAGGGAGAGUGCGUACGCGUUUGCGCACAUCUGCAGGCGCUUGCGCCCUGGAAUUGCUUUCACUGUAUUUCUCUCUCCGGCAUACACACACGCGACAAAGGAGGAGAGGGAGCAAUUUACCGAGCACAUAGUCUAGCUCAAGAGGUCCAGGAACAGUGCUACACACUCUCAUCCUCUCUAGAGAAAAAAGCGUAGAGGUUUCUCGCACGCUGCUGCGUACAGAACAACGUCAAGUGCGUGAAACAUUCACCACGGAUUAAACAGUUGUAUUCAUCAGUGUAUUCGGUCGAUAUUAUUGUAGUGGUUACAACAGUGACGAUUGUCGUUCCCCUCCCCUGGAACUCAGAAUCGCGGUUUUUCCGCGGAGUGAGGAGUGGGUAAAAUAGUGUAGCGAUUAUUGGUAAUAAAUAGUGUUGUGUGAGAGGGGUACCUCAGUGGUGAGUGAUUUUGUCAAUUAAAUUGUAAAUUUUAACGGUCUUGAGGUACUUGUUGGUUAUUAUCGCUGCUUACAUCGGUGCUUUUGGCCCCACGCCGUUUAAUUGCAUUCCCAUAUAUGUGGGUGUCUCAGCAUCAGAGACGCGGGAGCGUUUUGUGUUGUUGUGAUACAGUGGUGGUAGCGACAUCCGCGAGUAAAACUAUAACGAUAAACAUCACGAAUAGAGAAACGACGACGGCAACGGCGGUGGAGGCGCCGCUGUAUGUUGUUGUCGGACGUCCACCAAGAUGAAGUCCGACUCGAAACCUUUGUUGACAGCACAAGCGGAAAAGGCUAAUCAUUAUACAUACUUGAAGGAGUUUCGCGUUGAACAAUGCCCGUUAUUUAUCCAACGAAAAUGCACACAGCAUCGGCCAUUCACAUGCUUCAACUGGCAUUUUAUGAAUCAGCGGAGACGCAGACCGGUCAGAAAAAGGGACCGCACCUUUAAUUAUAGUGCUGAUAAUUAUUGUACCAAGUAUGACGAGACUACCGGCAUAUGUCCUGAUGGAGACGAGUGUCCAUUUCUUCAUCGAACAGCCGGAGAUACAGAGAGACGUUAUCAUCUAAGAUACUACAAGACUUGCAUGUGCGUGCAUGAUACAGAUACCCGCGGUUUUUGUGUUAAAAAUGGGCCACAUUGUGCAUUUGCCCAUGGUAAUCACGACCUCCGUCCUCCAGUAUACGACAUCAAAGAGAUUCAAGCUUUGGAGAAUCCCGAUUCAGAUCCAAAUUCAUCAUCAAAUGGACCAAAUAUUUUGGAUAAAGAACGAAACUUGAUGAAUGAAGAUCCUAAAUGGCAGGACACUAAUUAUGUUCUUAGCAAUUAUAAAACUGAGCCUUGCAAGAGACCACCGAGGCUCUGUCGACAGGGAUAUGCCUGCCCACAGUACCACAAUAGCAAAGAUAAACGACGAAGCCCCAGAAAAUACAAAUAUCGCUCAACACCCUGCCCGAAUGUAAAACAUGGAGAGGAAUGGGGUGAGCCAGGUAAUUGCGAGCAGGGUGACGCUUGUACGUAUUGCCAUACUCGUACAGAGCAACAAUUUCAUCCAGAAAUUUACAAAUCAACCAAGUGUAAUGAUGUGCAGCAAGCUGGUUACUGCCCUCGUGGAGUUUUCUGCGCUUUCGCGCAUGUUGACCUACUAAACAGUAGCCAUCACUUUUCAAAUACUAAAAAUUCUGUGGAAAUUGGUAUAUUGGAACAUUGUUAUGAUUUGGCUGACGGAGCAGUGGUGUCAACAGAAGAAAUGAGUCUUGCCCGGGAUAUGGCGGUGCCGUUAGAUUGUGGUACCAAUCUAGCAGAUAUUCUCAACAGUGCUCUCCCACCUGACAAAAGGUCAAUGGAAAAGGAUAAGCUGCAGAGCGAUAGCAGUUUUCCACCAUUGCAGAACGGCAGUGGAGAGGUUUCUGAGUCUGCUAGUACAAGUAGUCUUGGAAGUAAUAGCUCCCACAGUAAAGCACCUGGAGCACAACUCCAUAAUUCCAGUUCAAAUUCUGGUAUGAAUCUUUCAUCGCAACCAAAGCUCAGUAAUAUGCUUUAUAAUCCUGGUUCCUUUUUGCAAAUUAGUGAAAUUCGAAAACAAAUAAUGACAAUAGAGAAUGAUCCACUUCUGACAAAAUCGGACAAGGCACAGCGCAAACAAAGUCUCUACAUAGCCUACGGUCUUAACGGAUCACUGGGAAAUCAUUCAUUGACAUCAACCGUAUCUCCACUAUCAACCAAUUCAUUUUAUCCCAAUGAUACUGUAGAAUCUGUUGUUGGUAAUGCUUUGGACGAAUUGCAUUUGGAUGAUCCAUUGAAUCUAGUCGAUUCAAUUCAUAGGGAUUCAAAUUCACCGAUCAGUAAUUCGAUAUCAGCUGGAUUAGCCAGUUCGGGAUUACUCGGAAGUUCAGCACCAGUUAAUAUACCUGGAAUGGCUGAACGUUCGGGCCUUUCAACUUUUUCACCAUCAACGUCAAGUCCAUUACAGCAUUUACAAUCAGCCGGUUUUCUCACUGGAUCGAGAUUUUCACAUCAGGAUUCAAUUGAAUCGACAAUGCCGUUUAUGAGCCAUUCAGUUUCAGAUCCAUUUAGCAAUCAUAUCUCACAACUCAGCAGCUCAGCAUCCAAAUUGAGUGGCUUCAACAAUAGUUUAUUUGAUUUUGCUAAUCAGGGUCUUUCACCUUCACGCACACAACCACUACCAGCAUCACCUCUUGUUAAUGCAUUCUCAGUGAGCCCUAGCAAUACGGGAUCGCUGUCGGAAUUACAGAGAUUGAGGGAUGAAUUAUCGUCAAGUAGAGCACAACUUGCUACUUGGGAUGAGCGAAUAAAUCAAGCACGUGCAGCUUGCGCUGCCUGGCAUUUAGAGAGUGAGGAGGCUAAGAGAAAAGCUUCAAUUGCUGAACAACAGAGAGACGAUGCACUCAUGCAAGUUAAAGCAUUGAGAGUUGAGAAUGAGGCGUCUAGUAGUAAUGGAACGUAUAUUCAUACGCUCAAAGGAAUUGGAGAGCUGAGGAGUUUAUCCAUAGCCACUUUGAAAUCUAUUCAAUCACAGUUACGACAAGAUCUUGACGAAGUGGAGAAAGUGUUGUAUAGGGUAUCUGCAAGGAAAUGCAUGGUCUGUGAGGAACAAAAUCGCACUGUCACAUUGUCACCCUGUAAUCACUAUGUGGUAUGCUCGACAUGUGCGCCUAAUCAACGUGAGUGCCCUUACUGCCAGACACUUGUUGUUUCAACAAGUUAGGUCGAGUAUUCCCUCGUGUCUUGUCACUCAUAAUUCAUCAAACACGAGGUAAUACUGAUGAAAAAGAGGAUCUAGUUUUCUAGAUACAUUUGUCGUAACGUGAUAGCAGGCAGGAUUAUUGGAGGUACGAAAAUCACAAGUGGAUUACAAAACCACAUUAAAAAGAUAAUAAACAGCAAACAAAUUAUAACGAAUGUAGGUAAACGCAACAAGACAACAACAGAGAAUAAUAUACUUAGGCUUAAGUGUGUUUCCAUCAUGCAUUAUAAUAAUAGAUGAUGUGCCGCAUAUUUGAUAUGAAAAUGUAUGUUUCAUAUCAAAUUGUCACCUUCCCUUUGCGGAAAAUUAUUAAAUUUUAAAAAGAUAUUUUUUUAAAUCUCAAUGCAAUUGCAAUGAUUGCGGAAAAUGAAAGAACCCCAGUGUUUUUCAGCUUCAAUAUUUUUUUUUUCAUAAGAUAAUUUUUAUCAAAUGUACUAAACGGAAAAAAAGCAAAAACAAAAUUAGAAAUAAUUAUGUCUAUGUUAAUGAAAUAAUUAGAGAGUUAUAAUUGUCUAAUAAAUUGAACUUGUGUGUGUUUUACAAUUUUAGAUUUAGAAUAGAAACAAAUUUUAGGAUUUUUCAAUUGAAUCAAAAUAUAUUGAUAAAAACAAAAUACAAUAUAAAAAAAACCUAUGUCUAUUUUCACGCGCAUUAACUCAUCAGUGUUCUUUACAAGUACAUCAUUUACACAGUUUAAGGGAAUUAAAAUUAUUGAACUGGCAUUGUUAAUUUAGAAAAACAUUAUGAGAGGUAUGGUAUUGCUGCAGAAAGUGAUGUAAUGUCGAGCUAACGCGCUUACUUGUAAUGAUCACUCAUUCUAUUCACUCAUCACGAAUGCCACUUUUUUUUUAAUUUCUAAUAUUACAUAGAGUAUUUCUUGACAAUAGAAGAUUUAUGGUAUUGAAUCAGACGAUCGAUAAAUCACUAUAAUUUUCAAAACCAAUGAUAGUUCAAUGAUAAAUGGCAGAAUCUGCUCCUCACAAAACGGAAUUUAAAAAGAAUCUUAUGAGUACCGAAAAUGCUGAAUGUUAAAAAUAGGAAUGAUACUCUUUCAUUAUAACAAUAAAUAAUAAAUAAUGAUGAUAUAAUACUAUUAUGCGAAGAAAAUAAAGAUAAUAAUGAACGAGGAGCACUUAUGAUGUUAUCUUACGUAUGAAUAGGUAUAUGAUAAUAAUAUUUUGAAUGAUAAAAGUAAAUUAUUAUGGAGAAAAUUUUAAUUAAACAGAGAAAAUAAAUUAAAAUAAUUGGCGCAUGCCUAUGUGAGGGGUUGUACCGAUUGAAAGGCCAAUGUUGUAGCAGCCUUUGCACAGAAAAUUUGAAUAUGCAAAAAAUCUACUGCCCACAUUGUUGGUUCUAUGUCGUGAUACUUCAUUUUUCUUAUUCACGGACCAAUUCAUGCAACAACAUUCAAGUAUUUUGAGCGUUAAAAUAUCGAAGGAAGAAAAAAAUAUUUUCACGAAAGAGGAAUUACGAGAAAAAGGUAAACUUAUGCGCUGAAUUACAUUAAUACGUCUGAUGAGUAGCAUAUUCAGGACAAUAUUGUUCGUGAAUGGUUGUGUAAUGCACAAAAGGCAUUGACAGAACCAACAACAAGGCAGAAUAAAUUGAAAUGAGUUAUUUUUUUUACUUUUGCGAUUACCCAUAUACUCUGAAUUUACACGCUUUAACAGAUCCACUUGUGCAAAUGAUUCUUCUCCUUUAGAAAAAAAAAAGAAAAAGCCUCAACUAACAACUGAAAAUCCAGAAUUCGAGCUGAAUUCCAGUUUGAAAUCUGCGAGAACGGGCAAUUGAUUAAUUGAUAAUCAGUUAAAUUAUUGGAAACAAACAUUGAUUGAUGGAAGAAUUAUAUGUUCACUGGAUAAUUUAAAAAAAACAUAUAUUUACCUCUAAACAUAAUCACUAGAUUACUAUAUUCUGCGCAGCUAGGCAGUGGAACAAAACUGUAAUAUUGUAUAAGUUUUGAAAUGGACAAGAAUAUUGAUGAACAUUGAACCGGGGAAAAUGAUGAGUGAACGAUCUUGUGUACAGGAGCGCCAUUAUUGGAUAAACAACAAUAUUAAUUGUUUCGCAGAGAUUUAUGUAUAAGAAUGAGUCAACGUUUAUUGGUCGCAUACGGUGCCAUGAUAAUAUGACGUUGAGAGACCAGAAAAGCACAUGCAUCUGAAUAAUGUGUGAAUUGAAAAAAAAACAAACAUAACAGUUUUAUAUGGAUCACUUGAUUGUGAAUAAUAUGGUCUAAGUGACCAGCACUGACAAAGAAUUUAUACAAUAUCAUAAUUAAACUGUCUUCCUGGAACGUGACGUGUAUGCUAGCCUGAGCGACAUGAAUAAAAUUUAAUAACAUUGGGGAAAUAAAACGUAGGAGUCAGUGAUUACUGCAAAAUUAUGAAUGAAUGUUCAUCAAUUACAACUCUGAGUCAGUUUUGGUUUAAUAAAAUUUAAAAAUUCAUUUAUGAAAUUGUAGACGACAAGAAAUUAAACAAAAAAUAUCAAAUUUUAUUACAAAUUAUUUUUUGAGAAUUCGGUCUAUCAAAAAUUGUAUAUUUUUUCUGUUUUUCUUUUAAAGUAGAUAUAUUUAAUCAGGAAAAUUAUUUUUUUUGGUGAUAUAGGAACCUUUCAAUUUUGUUUAUUGCAUUUUUGUAAAACUUAUGACCAAGAAUGGGUCACAUAGAAAAAAAAUUUAGGGAUUUUUAAAAUUGAAUAUCACUCGAACAAUUGCAUCGAAUCGACGUAAAAAAUCAAUAGGAAUAGAGUAAAAAAUAUUAGAAUUCUGGUGGAAAUUCGUUCAAAAUUCAAUUCAACUUUGUCAAAUGUCAUUCUCCAAACGUAUUUCUCAUAAAAAUUUUCUAUGUAUUCUAAUAUUGAUGAUGGAAUAUUCUCAUUUAAAUGUAAUAGAUUUUACAAAAUAAUUCCAAAAAUCAACGAAAAUAUCUCGUUGUAAAAGUAAUUUUGGGAACGAGUUGAUAUUCACAACAGGAAGGGAAAUAAAUCUAUAUGGACUACAUACAUGAUAUAUUCAUAUAUUCACUUCAGUAUCAUUAAGUCACGUGCUUUUUAUAUUUUCAAAUUCAGUAGAAUUUAAAAUGAAAGAAUGGUUAUGCUUCGCAUUAACGCAACUGCAGGCGACGACUGUACAAAUUUGAGAUAAUUAGUCGAGAGUUUGUAUGUUUUCUUGACUGGCUUCAACAUGUUCUAUGUGAGUGAUAGAUUGGUGAGUUUUUUACUCGGAGAAUACACGAAAAAUGAUGGUUAGAGUAAGAUUUUAUUGGCUUAUAUCAUGUGUUGAUUAUGUUAACAUCAUUGCAUUUGCUUAUAUUUCAUUUAUCAAAAAUUUUAGUAACGGCAGUACAUAAAGUAUCAAUUGAUAAUUCUUCUGAGACCCUUCGUAAAUAAUUCAUCGAUUCGGGUUUUGCAAUUUUCGAGGGAGUGGCACAUGCCAUCGUACUGAGGAGAUAAUUAGUUCAAUCCCAGUAAUGACGAUGAAAAAUAGUACAAAAAGUUACAAUGGAUAUUUUUUCUCUCCCCCAUUUUUUGGCAUUGAUAGACGUAUAAAAUUUGGGUCCAUUUAACUCUCAAAUUCAUGAUUAUUAAAUUUUUUCCAUAUUUUGCAUGUUUUCACCCUCAUUCGAUACAAUUUCAAAUUACAAAUAUAAUAAUAGACUAAAGGCCUCGUUGGCGAAAUGCGGACAUUUUUUCCACUCUUGUGGGAAAAAUGAUUUGAAGAAGAAAAACAAAUGACUGUAGCAAAUUCUAAUAAAUGUCAGUACAAAUUGAUUCAUACAUAAAGGGAAUCGUUAAUCGUACUAGAAAAAAAGUGCGAAAAUAAUUAUUACGAAAAUAAAACUGAAAAAUAAUAAUAAUGUUGAGGACUUGUAUAUUAUGUGAAAUAAUAACCGUGAAAAUAGCCAAUGAAAAUGAAUUAUUUCACUAUUUUCUCGAUGACUGGAAUAAUUCUAGAACGAAUUCCAUUAUUGCUUCUCAUGCUAUAUUAUCAUAGAAAAUGUACAUUAAUAGAUAUUGUCAAUGAAUAAAUUCAAAUAAUUAGAACAA